ACUGUUUCUGGUAUGUCAGAUAUGGAUUAUCCUUUGCAAGGACCAGGUUUGCUGUCAAUACCUAAUCUUCCAGAAAUCAGUUCAGUCCGCAGAGUCCCACUUCCCCCAGAACUAGUGGAGCAGUUUGGACACAUGCAGUGCAAUUGUAUGAUGGGAGUAUUUCCAGAAAUCAGCAGAGCUUGGCUGACAAUCGACAGUGACAUCUUUAUGUGGAACUAUGAAGAUGGGGGAGAUCUGGCUUAUUUUGAUGGCCUUAGUGAAACAAUUCUUGCAGUGGGUCUCGUAAAGCCAAAGGGAGGUAUCUUCCAGCCUCACGUACGACACUUACUUGUUCUGGCUACCCCUGUGGAUAUUGUGAUUUUAGGGCUCAGUUGUGCUAAUAUACAAGCAGGUACUGGAUCACUCAAUGACAGUAUGUCUGGUGGAAUGCAGCUGCUACCAGAUCCUCUCUAUUCACUCCCUACUGACAAUACUUACAUUCUGGCCAUAACGUCCACAGAAAACGGGCGUAUCUUUUUGGCUGGAAAAGAUGGCUGCUUAUAUGAAGUAGCGUACCAGGCUGAAGCAGGCUGGUUUAGCCAGCGCUGCAGAAAAAUUAAUCAUUCAAAGAGUGCGCUGUCGUUCCUUAUUCCUUCAUUGCUACAGUUUACAUUCUCGGAGGAUGAUCCUGUAGUUCAAAUUGCCAUUGACAACUCUCAAAAUAUCUUAUACACCCGCUCAGAAAAAGGAGUGCUGCAAGUUUACGAUUUGGGACAAGAUGGUCAAGGAAUGACGAGGGUUACUUCUCUUUCACAAAAUGCUAUAGUUUCUGCUGCUGGGAGCAUUGCAAGAACAAUAGAUCGUUCUGUAUUUAAGCCUAUUGUUCAAAUAGCAGUGAUUGAAAAUUCUGAAUCCAUAGACUGUCAACUACUAGCAAUCACACAUGCAGGUGUCCGACUGUAUUUUAGUACUUCACAGUUUAAGCAUCCAACAGCUCGUCCCUCCAUGUUAGCCUUAGUUCAUGUUCGUUUGCCACCUGGAUUUUCAGCUUCUUCUAAUGUAGAGAAGCCUACAAAGGUUCAUAGAGCUCUUUAUAGCAAAGGAGUCCUGCUGAUGGCAGCUUCAGAAAAUGAGGAUAAUGACAUUCUGUGGUGUAUCAAUCAUGAUUCAUUCCCUUUUCAAAAGCCAAUGAUGGAAACUCAGAUGACCACCCGCGUUGAUGGACAUUCCUGGGCUCUUUCUGCUAUUGAUGAAUUUAAAAUUCAGAAAAUUGUAACACCACUAAAUAAAGACAUUAUUCCAAUAACUGAUUCACCAGUUGUUGUGCAGCAACACAUGCUGCCACCUAAGAAGUUUGUUCUCCUUUCAGCCCAGGGGAGCUUUAUGUUUCAUAAACUCAGACCUGUUGAUCAGCUGCGACAUCUCCUUGUUAGCAAUAUAGGUGGAGAUGGAGAAGAGAUUGAAAGAUUUUUCAAGUUGCAUCAGGAGGAUCAGGCCUGUGCAACUUGCCUUAUCUUGGCCUGUUCUAAUGCUGCCUGUGAUAGAGAAGUGUCUGCCUGGGCUACUCGAGCAUUCUUCAGGUAUGGUGGAGAAGCACAAAUGAGAUUUCCAUCAGCUCUGCCUCCUCCAAGCAACGUUGGACCUAUGUUGGGUUCUGCUCCUGCCAGUUCUCAUUCUGUUUAUGAUAAUCCAUAUGCUAAUGUUAGCUUUUUGACAACACCUGGACAAGGUAUACAACCUGUUGCUGUGUCAACUCCCGUAUUUCCUUCUGGGAAUUCCAUGUCUCACCCUGGUACAUCCGUUAGUGGCGUGAUGGGUCCUGAGAUAGUAUUUUCUGGAAGACACAAUGGCAUCUGCAUAUAUUUUGCUCGGAUUAUAGG